AGCCCAAUUAGCCUAAACAGGUCUAACCUAAUCACCUUAACACAUUUGCAGUUUUUAGUGUGCAUAUAUAUCAUCCCUGAAACCCCACUGAAGCCGCAGCUAUUCUCACUCUUAAUCGUCCUUCAGGUGGGGUUUGUGUUACAGUCGUCACAAAUGGCUCCUGCUAAAGUGGAUAGUACGAAAAAGGCUGAUCCCAAGGCUCAGGCCUUGAAGACUGCAAAGGCUGUAAAAGCAGGUUCUUCAACAAUCAAGAAGAAAUCAAAGAAGAUCAUCACGAAAGUUACGUUCCACAGGCCGAAGACAUUGAAGAAGGACAGAAACCCCAAGUACCCACGCAUCAGUGCUCCUCCAAGGAACAAAUUGGACCACUACCAAAUUCUCAAAUAUCCUUUGACCACCGAGUCUGCAAUGAAGAAGAUCGAGGAUAAUAACACCUUGGUUUUCAUUGUUGACAUCCGUGCUGACAAGAAGAAGAUCAAGGAUGCAGUAAAGAAGAUGUAUGAUAUUCAGACCAAGAAAGUGAAUACUUUGAUCAGGCCUGAUGGAACCAAAAAAGCCUAUGUUCGGUUAACUCCAGAUUAUGAUGCCCUGGAUGUAGCUAACAAGAUUGGAAUCAUCUAAAGCUUGUACUGAUUUAUCAUUUUAGCUUGUUAUGAGACAGAUCCUCGGCGAUAGACCAUUGUUGGUUGUGAUCUUUAGUACUGUUUUGCUUUUAUUCUGGUUAAUAUUUGAUAUUGGCUAGAGUUCAAUCUCUGAUACCUACUUUUGGAACCUCUUAGUAUACUAUUGCAUGAAUGUUUUGGGUUACAAGUAAAAAAACUGCCUUUGUCUUCAA